AUGAAUGCGUCACCGAGCGCAAUUAUUUGCCGUUCGCGUCAAAGCAUAUGGCCAGCUGUAUCGGUGGAGGAAGCAAUGGAGAUGAUAGAAGAACACGCUUCCUUGACGAAUAGGACACGUUUAGUCCGCGUUACAGAUAUCAAACCAGGAGAUAUUCUGGCGGAAAAUGUGAAUGCGACAAAAGCACACCCUGAAAUGCGUACAUCUGUUAAAGAUGGAUAUGCUGUUAUCGCAUCAGAUGGCAAAGGUAUUCGAAAGGUCGUAACUGGAACAACGGCCGGUGUUUUGGCUUUCGAUAUUCUCCGGCCGGGCACUGUCUGUCGAGUAAAUACAGGUUCCAUGGUGCCAGAUGGUGCAAACGCGGUAGUACAGGUUGAAAAUACUCGCAUUGUGAAGCAUAAUAACUCUGAAGAAGUUACAGUAGAGAUUUUGGAUGAACCGAAAAUUGGACAAGAUAUCAGAGAAAUUGGUUGUGAUAUCGAGUUGGGAGAAACCUUACUUUUUAAAGGAUGUGCAAUAAGUGCAGCUGAAAUUGGUAUCUUAACGGCAUCAGAAAGGAAUUUCGUGGAAAUAUUUCGGAAACCCAAAGUGGCAGUUAUUUCGACAGGCAAUGAAGUAGUGGACAGCGGAUCGAAUAAUUGUCUAUUGGGAUCAGUACGGGACACAAAUCGUCCACAACUUAUUGCUCUGCUGAAGGAAAAUAAUUUCAAGCACGUGGAUAUUGGCAUUUUGCCAGAUAAAAAGGAAAAAAUAGAAGAAGGACUGAAAACAGCACUGACAUUGUGCGACGUUGUUGUUUGUUCAGGUGGCGUUUCUAUGGGUGAAAAGGAUUAUCUCAAAGAUGUACUGCAAAAACGGUUAAAUUUCACGAUCAAAUUCGGUAGAGUGAUGAUCAAACCUGGUUUACCAACUACUUUCGCGUGUGGAAAGUGGAAUAAUAGAGAAAAAUUGAUUUUUGCUCUGCCCGGAAAUCCUGUAUCAACCUGGGUCACCGCACAGUUAUUUCUAUUACCUACGCUGAAGAAGAUGGCAGGAUGGGAACACUAUCAGCAUACGGUUAUCAGUGUACGGCUAAGUGAAACAAUAAAACUGGAUUGUCGGCCGGAAUACCGACGAGCUUGUCUAGUACCUGAUCCAGAAAACUUGCCUCGAGCAAUUUGUGUAGAAAAAAAGCAAAUGAGCUCACGCCUAUUAUCAGUUCGAAGUGCUAAUUUGUUGCUGAAAUUGCCCCCCUGUACAGAUACCAAGUCGACGGUGCAGAAGGACGAAAUAGUGGAUGCAGUGGUGAUCAAUCGAUUGUAA